AUGUCUGUCUUCGCUGCUGCCCCCGCCAACGCCUCCAACGCCUCCUCCCCGACCCACGGCCCGUCUUCUGCCGCCGCCGCGGGCGCGGUUCCACCCAUCCCCGACGGCGCGCUCGUCUUCGACAUCGAUGUCAUCCUUCUGUGCGUUGUCGGAUUGGUUUUCCUUCUCCUUCUCCCCCGCACAGCCAUUCGCUUCACCCACAAGCGCGAAUGGGUCGACGGCCACUUUCUCCGCUCCAUCCGGGCUGAGGAGCAGCCUGCUUUCACCACCCGUCGCCCGGCCGAGAAUCAAGACGUGAUCUCUCGCGUCUCUCCCGCCUACUUCGACGAGAAGGCCGGUUCCAGUCAGUCCCAGUCGCCCGACGAGGCGACCUCCUACGACCACGACUACAACCAGUACUACGGCGGCGCCACCUCCGACGCGUCCCACACCUACGUCGGCCAGCCCGACGUCUCCCGCAAGGCCUCUACCGCCUCUGCUCGCGAGAAGCGUCGCCAGAACGUCCCCACACACCUCUCCGGCUGGUCGACGACGCUCCCCACUCUCGCUGGCUGGCUUCGCACCAGCCUUAACCCUGGUUUGACCGUUGGCAAAGCCAUCAUCCUCCUCGGCUACGCUGCCCUCGUCCUCUUCGCCUCCCUCUAUUUCUCCAACCCCAUGUCGGACCCCGUCCGCACCGGCUGGGUCGCCGCGAGCCAGAUCCCCGUUGUUGUCAUCCUUGGCACCAAGAACAACCUCGUUGGGCUCUUGAUUGGGUUUGGCUAUGAGCGGUUGAACUACAUCCACCGCUUCGCAGGCACCCUUCUCGUCCUUGCCGCCAACGUCCAUGCCAUCGGAUACUUCUACAAAUGGAGCAUCAGUGGAACCUUGGCUCAGAGCCUGAUGAUGCCCCAAUUCCGAUGGGGCAUGAUCGCGCUCAUUUCCUUCAACGUGCUUUUCCAGCUUUCGACGCAGUGGGUCCGCCAGCGGUUCUACAACUCCCUCUUCAUUCCGUCCCACAUCAUCUUCGCCGUCCUUGCGUGCGUCGCCGUCUGCAACCACUACCCGGUCUGCAUCCCCUACGUCCUCAUCGCCGCGAUCGCCUACGGCGUCGACCGCCUCUGGCGCCUCGUCAAGUCUCGCGUCGUGAUGGCCCGUCUCCGCCCGCUCUCCGAGCUCGGGAUGACUCGCGUCGAGAUUCCUGGGAUCAACGCCGGCUGGCGCUCUGGCCAGCACGUCCGCCUCCGCGUCCUCAGCCUCGGUAUGGGCUGGCGCUCCUGGGCGGAGUCGCACCCCUUCACGAUCGCGAGCGUCAGCCGCUCCCCGUCCGGCGAAGGCAUGGUCCUCAUGGUCAAGAAGGCGGGCGACUGGACCAACCGCCUCUACGAGCUCGGCCAGCGCGCGGACUACGGCGAGGCCAACGGCGUCGGCUGCCAGGUGCAGUGCGUCGUCGAGGGCCCGUACGGCGGUCCCGGACACGCGAUCUUCGCCAGCUUCUCCGGCGCUCUCUUCGUCGCCGGGGGCAGCGGUAUCACCUUCGCGCUCGCCGCGGUGCGCGACCUGAUGAAGAAGGACCUCGAGUACCGCUCCCGCGUGCGCGCGAUAGAGCUCGUGUGGACCGUGCAAGACCCCGCCGCACUCACGCCGCUCCUGCCCCUGUUCUCGUCCCUCAUCGCCCAGGCCCAGAGCUCGUACGCCACCCUGCGCAUCUCCGUCCACUACACGCGCGCCCCGUCCAACCCGGACGCGUUCAAGGCGUUCCGCGCCCUUCCCCCCGGGCUCACCCUCCUCCCCUCCCGGCCCAAGUUCAACAAGGUGCUCACCGGCGUCGUCGACCGCUCCGCCGCGCUCUUCAGCAGCGGCAAGGAGCGCCGCCGCGGCGGGGGCGGGCUCUCGGGCAUCAUCGUCGGCGUCUGCGGGCCGACGUCGCUCGCGGAGAGCGUCCGGAAGGCCGUGAACGAGUUUGAUCCGGACCGGCGCAAGCUCAUCGGCGGGCUCGAGCUGCACGAAGAGGCUUUCGGCUGGUAA